AUGCCGUUUGUACAGCGUGUUGUACAGCCGGUUAAUCUUGCCCAAGUUUGUUCCACAUCCGGUUCCGGUAACCAAAAAGCCAAUAAAUUCCUUUGCAUACCCGGCAAAUGUCAAAACAACAAUUGUAUCAACAACAAAUUAUCUCCACAACACCAACAACAACAGCAGAGAGAUGCCUCUCUCAAUGGCCGAGAGAAUCCACAACAAAACAGAAUAACAACAGCCGCAGCAGCAGAUAGUGAAUUUUUAUCCUCCUCAUCCUCGUCAUCACCGCCACCGCCUUCAUUGUCUCUCAACCCCAACGAUGUAUUGCUUUCAAGGACAGCCUCAUUGUUGAAUAGCAAUGCCAAGGACGGUUUAAUAUCACCCUCCCUAACCUCAUCGACAACAGCCUCCUCCACGACCACAGUGACCACGGCCAUAAUCCACAACAAUGGAGGUGGUGCUGGUUCGGCAAUUAUUAACGAUUUGGGCGGCAAGGAUACCACCGAUCAUGUACACAAUAAUGGUGGCUUUGCCAGCAGUUUCUCCUACAACACCGAUCAUGAAGAUGAUGGCUGCUCCUCCACUAUAUUACCACCCGUAUCACCUGCUCCCACAAUGCCAAUGAAAAAACUCAAACAACAUGUUGAAUUUCUAUCGAAUAUACCCACCUCACCGACACGACAACAGUCUGUACGUGGUAGCAAUUCUGGUGCAGGUUCUUCAUCGGUGGCAAGUUCUUCGGGUGCAGUUAUGCGCCCAUCCCACACCCAGCAACAACAACGUUUGCGUACACCCCAAUCGCCAACGGCUGCAAAAAUUGUUGCCGGCUAUGAAUUCGAUUCGAUCAGCAAUAUAACCUUGAGUAAUGCCCUAAGGCAAUUGGCCUCAUUGGUACUAAUUGCCAGCGAUAUUUUUGAUGAUCUACAAAAGGAAUUGCAAUCGGUGGGCGAUAGGGCACGUGUGGUGCAAAAGAAAAUCAUUGCGGUGGAACGACGUGUCAGUGCAUAUGAUCCAAAAAUGGUCACAGUCCCGGAAAGCGACCUUUUAACAUUCGCACAACGUAAACAACACUACGAAAGUGACAAGUCACAUCGCAAGGAACUCUUUACCAGCGACACUCGACCGCACAGUGUACGUGUCCUCUAUGAAGAGGCCGGCAAGGUAACACCUCCCCCCACACCAGCAACCGGCUUGUCGGCGGCAUCCACUGUGGUGGGUUCACCCACAUCUGCGCCAUUUGAUGGCAUUCUGUCCGGCGAUGAGAUGGCCGAUAUGGUGGGUGGUGCGACAGCGAAUGGUGGUGGUGCAAAUCUCAUAACUGCUGGCAGUGAUGAUGAUGAUUUGUUGUUGUGUCCGUUCGGUAAUUCCAGUCGUAAGAUGCGUAAACGUAUUGAUGCUGAAAUUGAAAUCAGAUUGCCUGCCGCCAUUGAAGAUCUACGCAAAUGGACAUCCAGUGAGGCAUUGGGUGAUGUCACCGUCACCCCCGAUUGUAUGCAUCAUGUGGAUACAUCAAUCUCAACAUCGGUUGUAAUUGGUGAUAAUGGUGUCCUAACACCGGCCCUAUCUCCGUCCGUGCUAUCAGCUGAUGCUGUUGACGCGCUAUAUUCCAUUGAUCACAAUAAUACAUUAAUCGAUAACAGUCAUAUUCCUAAUGAUAUCAAUAACGAUGUGCCUUUAAAUCAUCGACUGCCCUCGCCCGAGGAACAAUGUAAAAUUAUAGCAUUAAGAUAUCCUGCCGAAGUUAUAUCUGUUGAUACAUCUGGUAAACGUUUCCAACGCAUGUGUAUGGCACGUAAAUCGACAACGGGUGUUUUCACCACAAUGCCCGAUACAAAUAAUCUCAACGAUGAUGUACAAACUGUAGCCAGACGUUCGAGAUCACGUAAAGCACGCGGCAAACGGCGUAACACAAUAGCCGGCAUUGAUCAAAAAGAAAUACAAAGUGCUGCCAAUGGCGAUACGACGGCUACUAGCGGCGAGCUUAAAAAUGCUUUAGCUUCGACGACUGAUGCAGAUGGAAAUGGGGAUGCGGCGGAUCAGCAACAGCACAGUCGUGCCACCGCCGAUUUAAAGGCAUCCAAAUCGAAAUUCGGUCGCAGCAAGUCCAGCGACUUGUUAAAAAAAGAAUCUGUUGCCUUACCCUACGAUAAGGGAAAGAGCACCCUGACCCGUUUGAAUUCGCUCAAACAAUGGGGUCGUAAUCGUUUCAAGUUUAUGCAACGUUCGGCAUCAUCGGGCGAUCAACACAACACGUCCACCUUGUCCACGAUCAACAGCAGUGGUUGCAGUGGCAGCAACGAUCUAAACACAUCCGGUGGCUCCACAUCGGCCAGCCACAACACCUCAAGCGAGAAGGCCGAAAUAUGUUCGGCCUCGGGUAGUGCUAGCGUAUCAUCAUCGCACAAGACAUUGUCGUCGACCACCAAAAUGGGCGAGAAAUCGUCCGUCACCGAUGUGGACGAGGACUGCCGGGUCCAUGAGUAUGUUACACAGCGUGCACACGAAAGUCGGUUUUCGCAUGAACGAAAACCUUCAUAUUCGUCGUCAGAGAAAUCGAUGAGUGUCAGUAGUUCGGGUCAUUUGAGAGGUAAACUUCACUUAAAUUCGGCAUGUGCGAAUGUGAAGCUGAGAGAUACUUCCUCAUUGAAUCGCCAGAGACGUAUUAACGGUUUGGGUGGUGGUGGCAACAACAAGGAUGACCAGCCCCAUUCGAGCAGCGGCAAUUGGAGUGCCAGUUCCGAAUCGGGUCGGGCCUCCAUUGGCAGUGAAAUAACACUGCAACCCAAAUCCAGUGCUUCCAAUACUUCGUUGAAUGUUUCGAGUUUCCAGAAUGGUAGCAGCAACCCACCCUCCUCAAUGCUGAGUCGUAGGCGGUUCUUCAACACCUCGGCAUCGAGUAGUGUGACAAGUGAGGGUACGGCCACACCAGAUUUGCAAAUGGCCAAUGAGGGCGCAUACCCGAAUCAUUUGGAUGAUGAAACCAGCUCGGCCUAUUCAUGUGACACCGAGGGUUAUUACACCUCCUUCCACAUGGACAGUGGCCUGAGAACACUGAAAGAAGAAGAGAUAAAUAUGAGUAAUUUCCAAAUUGGUGGUCAUCCCUUGAAUGCUUCCAUUUUUGGUCAGCAGCAGCAACAACAGCAGCAGUCGAGUUUCAGCAGUUCACCCCAGACAUUAAUGGCAGAAAAUGAAUAUGAGCUGUUCGGAAGGGGUUCAACAUCGACCACCACCAGUUCAGCUGGUACCGUGUGUACCACUCUAAUGGCCCACAAUUCUGGUGCUGAACAGUCCAGCCUAAAUAACAGCCUGGCCAGUUGUGGUCCUGAGGUUCCCGAACGUGUUAGCUCCCUACGUUUGAGUAGUGCCUCAACCAGCACCUUGGAAAGAAGUAUUUCCAGCAGUACCAUCGGCAGUACCUUGGAGCGUACGGGUACCAUAAAACGUAAUGUUAAUGCUUCCCUCAAGUUAUCCUGCAAUGAAGUUCCCUCCUUGGAGUCGAAUACCGAAGAAACUCCAGAAUCCCAAGAUGAUGAAUUUAAUUUCAAUGAACAAAUCAAGAAGCGGGGUGCCCUACCAUUGCCAACACAACACAGCAGUGAGGUUGAGGUCUCUGAAUGUUCCGAUUUAGAGGGUGUGGAGCGUAUUGAACGUAUAAAACAAAAAACGGCCAUGACGGCAAGGCGUAUACCAUCCAUGUGCAUCAUUACGCCAUCUACCAGUGAUGAUGAAAAUCAUCAUUUGGAUGAUUAUAACGGAGAGCGCCACCAAGAUGUGGAGAAUGGUGAUGACGACGACCACGAUGAGGAUGAUGUCUUGAAUAAAACUCUGACCGAAGAAAGCUUUAAGGAUUUACUGGAUGAGGAGAAAGAAAAGUCACAGGAGGUGGAUAACAAUUUGAAUCAUGUUAAAGCCGCCGGCGAAAAUCUCUCUUUAUUUGAGAAAUUGAAAGUUAUACUGCCACCCUCUGUUAAGAAGUCGCCCAAGAAAGCUUUUCCCACACCCGAACUUUCGGUUAUCAAUGAUGAUGAGCUUUACGAUAUGUCCGGUGAAUAUGUUUACAUUUCAGCUGAUGUUAGCAACAACAACAACAAUAGUAAAAAAGCUUCCGGCUUGCAGUGUGUUAUGCCCAAAGCUCCCGUCUCCAGUUCAUUGGGUAUUUAUUAUUCGAGCAAUGUUUUGAAAAUGCCACCGCCAGCCACCGAAUACGUUUCCUUGAAUGAAUUGCCGAAAACAAUACAGAAGGCCUAUGCUAAGGAAUCCCCUGCUGUCCUUGCUGCCAGCAGCAACACGAUGAGAACAAAGGCCCAAGAGGGUAGUUUUACGGCAGAGAGUGAAAACAAACAAAGAAGUGCGGUGAGCGCAGACUCGGACAAAGCACACAAUUCAAUGUCUUCGCCUGGCGGCGCAAUGGCCAUGUAUGCCGAAAUAAAUGAAUUACGUUCAGAAAUUGCAGCAUCUGCUGGCACUGCCGCUGCCACCACUUCGGCAUCGUCAUCGACAUCUGCAAAUGCUACUACUCUCAGCUAUUUGCAAAACACACCACCAUCAUCUGCUUCCUCGUCGCCGCAUGUCUCACCCCAUAAGGGAGCCAGAGUCCGUUUGAAUGCACAGGGCAAACCAAUUUACGAUUCCGAUAGUUUGAAACGACGCAAAGGCGCGCACACAACAUUCGCACCGGGUCCAUACGUGAAACGGCAAGCGGACGGUUACGACGGCUACGAUUCCAACGAGUAUAGUGAUAUUAAACGCGUCGGUGAAGAAGAAAACGAAAGUGUCAGUGCCGAUACGACACUACGCAAUAAUACGAGUGCGGCCAGUUUGCAUUCGUCCACAUCGGCGGCGGUGAAAAGUGAAAGUGUUCUUAAUCCGGUGGCCAAAUUGCUGUUGCUCAACAAGAGCAAUGCAAAUCCGCGAAAAAUCGCCAAUGUUCGGCCCAUAGUUCAUCAUCAAAAUCAGCAUCAGAAAUUGGGUUCGCCCUCAAUGCGUCCACUGCCACUAACGCCAUACGAACAACAAAAUAACGCCACUGCCAUAGUAAAUAAUUCGGGCGCCACGGACAUGUAUGCAUCCUCUUCGGCGGCAUAUGCGGCCAUUUACAGUGAUGCCACAACUACCAACAACAACAACAACAAGCAUUUGACUGCCAAUCAAACGAAUCCCUAUUUCCAUCAGCCACAGUCCGCAUCCAUGAUGAUGAUGAUGCAUUCACCAUCGACAAAAUCAACAGCCUCAAGUACUGGCUCGACCAUAUCAUCAUCGACAGGCUCCUCAUCCAUAUCAGCAGCAUCGGUGUCCACCACCACAACCACGAAUAGUGGAAAUGUUGGUGGUGGUGUUGGCCCGGUAUCAUCCGCCAAAGAUGACGAAGGUUAUCAACAUUUAUAUAAGAGUCCCGAUGAAGUGGAUGGCAUGAUACAGCCCUAUUAUGAGACUUUGAGUCAAAGUCAAAAUCAAGCAGCGGCCUCGACAUUCCAACGUAAUUCACCGCUUUAUUGGACUUUGCAAAAUCGCCGGCCGGUUAAACCGCAGGCUCCAGCCAAUGCUCUGAGUCGUGAUGAUUUAUAUGCCACGCCUCUAAAGCGUUCCGAAAGAUUGGCCCUGGCUCAACAGCAGCAGCAGCAACGUCAGCAAGCCCAACAAGCAGCAGCAGCGGCCGCUGAGGCCCCAAGUUCAGCAAAUCUUCCAGCAUCGCCCAGUGCUGUACGUCAACGCACCAACACCAAUUUCCACACCUCAACGCCCAUACGUAAUUCAGAUUCUGAACUGCCAGCUGAUAAUAUACCAGCCAAACAACGCCUCCGGAAUUGGGAUGACAACUCGCCAGAGCGUUUGAAUACCUGUGCCGAUCGCAUUGGCCAAAGUAAAACCAGUCUAAUGGAUUUCAAGCGCCUACUCUUGGCCAAAUCGGCCAAGAGCAGUACUCUACCCAAGAAAAUGUCCGCUGUGGAAUUGCUAAAGAAAAACAAUCUUACCAAUCAACAAAAUUCCCAACUAUCAGCUCCACUCAAAUCCUCCUCCUCCAGCACUGGCUCUAAUCCCAUUAGCAUUACUGGGGGUGGUAGCGGCACACUCUCCCAAUUAAAUUCUUCCAUGAAACUUUUAGACUUAAGUGGUUCUCCCAAAACAUUUGCCAAUCGUCGUAUGUUGCGUCAGGGUCAAUUUGGUUCGCCUUCUAAAUCGUUUGCACCCAAAUUGAAGACAACACGUUCCAAUUCGCUGCAACGUACCGACAUUAUGUCCACAACCAUACCUGAAGCCAACAGUGAAGAAGACCAUCAUCAUCACCAUCAUUCGGCAAAUAGUUCAUUGAACACUUCGAAAAAUUCCGAAGAAGAAAAUAUGAUCGAUGAUGAAAGUUUCAAUAUUAAACGUAAUAUUUUCCUACAAGCCGAGGAGAAUAAUUUUAUGCGCAGUGAAUUGAGAUCGAGUUUUGGUCGUAAUAAAUCCGAUGCAAAACCACCAAUGGUUAGUAAAGUGGAACCGAUAAUGAAACCCUUAACCGAUAGCAGUAAUGUGGCUGCUGGUGGUGGUGGUAUAUCAACUUUAACAUCAAUGAUGGCCAAUGUUAAUGUUUCAAAUCCAGCUAUGGAUAAUAUGCGAGUUCCCAGUACUAAUACUUCCAAUACCCAAAUGACAAAUACAGCUGCUUCCUUAGCUAAUAUGCCAGCAUUAGAGACUGCUUUAUAAGAAG